AUGGGGGCAGGCGGCCCCAAAGGCAAGGGUAUUGGCAGCAAACUCGCAAACAAGUCCACAGGGCGUAAGAUCGACACCCCCGGCGCCUUCCUCCUGGCCUUUGUCGGGAUCGGGUACAUGGCCCUGAUCGUCAUCCUGCCCUUUGCCAAUGUCUUUGUGCAAGCCUUCAGCAAGGGUAUCGGCCCCUUCCUGGCCGUCCUGGCGGAGCCAGAGUUCCGGCAGGCGGUGAAGAUGACCCUGCUGCUCAGUGCCGUCGCGGUCCCCAUCAACACCGUGUUUGGCGUGCUGGCGGCGCUCUUCCUGUCCCGCAACCGGUUCAGGGGCAAGGAGCUCCUCAUCUCCUUCAUGGACCUGCCCUUUGCCAUCUCGCCCGUGGUCACGGGCAUGAUGUUUGUGCUGCUGUACGGCCGCUCUGGACUCUUUGCACCCCUCAUCUCUAGGUUCGGGUUCAACAUCGUCUUUGCCUUCCCAGGAAUGGCUUUGGCCACGAUGUUUGUGACCAUGCCGUUUGUGGUCCGUGAGCUGAUGCCGGUGCUGGAGGAAAUGGACAUCCAGGAGGAGGAGGCUGCCACCUCCCUCGGCGCAUCUGGGUGGCAGACAUUCUGGAAGGUCACGCUGCCCAAUAUUCGAUGGGGUCUGCUGUAUGGCAUCAUCCUGACCAACGCUCGCGCCAUGGGCGAGUUUGGGGCGGUCAGCGUCAUCUCUGGCAACAUCAUCGGCCAGACCCAGACCCUGACCCUCUUUGUGGAGUCUUCUUACAAGGAGUACAACUCGGAGGCUGCAUUUGCAGCUGCCGUCCUGCUGUCCAUCCUGGCCGUGGUCACGCUCUUCCUGAAGGACAGACUCGAGCGCGCGGCUGCCAAGGAGAAGAAUGAAGGGAAGUGA